AUGUUCUCCACGAAGCUCACCCGCGUGGCCCAUCGCGCAACGUGCAAUGCAUCCAUCUCGACCGCCUCCUCCACCGCCGCCCAGCGAACAGCCGCAUCCGCGUGCAUAGCCGCCCGUCGACCUCAUCAACGGCGACACUCCAGCAGCAAGGCAUCGUGUCCCCCGGAGAACAGUCCCAGCGGUGCGAAGCCUGCGCCCGCCACCAAGGCCUCCAGCGGGCCCGAGGAGAAGGCGCCCAUUGCAGAGCCGACAUCGCAACAAAGAACUCCGAAGAGAAUCAGUCGGACGAAGCGAUCACCCCGAGCCGCUGCCGCAGAGAAAGUAGAGAACCGGUUCGCAGGCCUUCCUUCAGUGCCUAGUACGCAACAUCUCGAGAAGAACGAUGUCUCCGUGUCCUCGUUCUUCGCCCUCCACCGGCCACUGUCUCUCUCCACUACCAUACCGCCCGUAGCGAGCUCGGAAGCCUUCUGGAGCAUAUUCGAAUCGCGGAAAGAGGUCGAUCCUUGGGAGAACGGCAACUCGGCUGAGAGGCGACCUGAAGAUGUUGUAUACGCCCUCGGCAGUCUUUUUGACAACCUCGAUGGCAGUGCAAGCGAAGUACAAGACGACAGUGUACGAUGGGAGGUCAUUCAAGAGAGCCCAAGUAACCAGGAUGGUGUCAAACAUCUCGACGGCGCACCACGACUGAAGAGCUUGGAUGAGCAGGUUGCUGCAUUCAAGCCGUUCCAAGUGCCUCCACCACCUCAGCCAUUUCCCGAAGAUUCCAAGGCAUCGAUGAAGAAAAAGGCGUCGAAGCCAAGACAGAGAAGCUAUGAAACGACUUUCAUUCUAACGGAGGUCACGAGUGCAUCUGGAGAGCGUACAUAUACUGGCUCAUUCUCCCCAAUCACUCGCAUUCCCAGUGCUUCGGAUCAAGCCACCAUCGAGGGUUCGACGAGCGCAUCGAGAUAUCCUUUCCGCGAACGCAUGAACGAGCGAACGCGAGCAUAUCAGCUUCGACAGCAGCAGAAGAUGCAGGAUAAGCCAAGCACGCAACCAUUCGUUCGACGAGCACCCAGUGCCCGAAGGGCAAAGAUGUUGCUUCUCUCCGUCAAGAGACAACGAAAGCUCAAGAUGAAGAAGCACAAGUACAAGAAGUUGAUGAAGCGAACACGUAACCUCCGGCGCAGACAGGACAGGGCAUAG